AUGGGUAGCCCAGUUGUCUUCACUAAAGUUGUUGAUAUUUCCGUGACCUCCACUGUUGUUGUUGCUCCUCCUGACCAAACGGUAGUUGUCACUGUUGAUGCAUCUAACAAAAACCAACAAUCUCAUACCACCACAGUGUCACCACCCACUACACAUUCUUCUUCAUCCUCUCAUCCAGCAUCCUCCUCUUCCUCUUCAUCAUCCUCGUCUUCUCUUUCCACAUUUCAACAAGAAAUCUUGAGUGAACACAACAAGUAUAGAAGUGCUGUUGGGUCCUCUAAUUUGAGUUGGGACUCUAGCACUUUACAAAAACAGUCUGACAGUUAUGCUCCAAAGCUCUGUUCUUUGGGCCUUAAACAUUCGGGAGUGUCAGGCAUGGGUGAGAACUUAUACUGGGUCUCCUCAUCUGGUGUCGAUAAAAAGACGCUUGCUGACGACUCCACCACCGCUUGGUACGAUGAAAAAUCCGAAUAUAGUUCCAGCAAUGAAAACUCUUUCCAUUAUUCUCAAUUGGUUUGGAAAGGAACCACUCAUCUUGCUUGUUCUUAUGCCGACUGUGGUAGUUCCGGCACUUAUGUGGUUUGCAAUUAUUCACCUCAAGGUAACAUUAUUGGUGAAUUCGACAAAAAUGUUCCUACUUAA